GCCGGUAGCUCGUGUCAUUCCCGGUUGGGUAACGCGGCAGCGGCGGUGGAGUCGGAGCGGACGGCGGCGAGGGCAGGCUCUGCCUAUGAAAUGAGACCAUGACAACUGAUGAGGCUACAAAGAAGGAAGGCGAGGUCCAAGCAGCAACUCUUGUUGAACAAGGUGAAGAUAUAACACCAAAUAAAGAUCGAGGAGUUCUGAAGAUUGUGAAGAGACCAGGAAAUAAGGAUGAAUCUCCUAUGAUUGGAGACAAAGUUUAUGUCCAUUACAAAGGAAAGCUGGCCAAUGGAAAAAAGUUUGAUUCCAGCCGUGACAGGAAUGAGCCAUUUAUCUUCAGCCUGGGCAAAGGUCAGGUUAUCAAAGCAUGGGAUAUUGGGGUUGCCACUAUGAAAAGAGGAGAGAUCUGCCACUUGCUAUGUAGGCCAGAAUAUGCAUAUGGCUCUGCUGGUAGUGUCCCAAAGAUCCCCUCAAACGCAACCCUCUUUUUUGAGAUUGAACUGCUUGAUUUCAAAGGAGAGGAUUUAUUUGAUAAUGGAGGCAUCAUUCGUAGGAUCAAACAAAAAGGUGAAGGAUAUUCUAACCCCAAUGAAGGAGCAGCUGUUCAGAUUCAUUUGAAAGGUUUCUGUGAUGGCAGAAUGUUUGAUUGUAGAGAUGUAGCAUUCACUGUAGGAGAAGGGGAAGACCAUGACAUUCCCAUUGGAAUUGACAAAGCUCUGGAGAAGAUGCAAAGAGGAGAACACUGUAUCUUGCAUAUAGGAACACAAUAUGGGUUCGGUGAAGCUGGAAAGCCUGUAUUUGGCAUAGAACCAAAUGCUGAACUUGUGUAUGAAGUUACAUUGAAAAGCUUUGAAAAGGCCAAAGAAUCCUGGGAGAUGGACACCAAAGAGAAACUAGAACAGGCUGCCAUUGUUAAAGAAAAAGGAACUGUGUAUUUUAAGGAAGGCAAGUACUUGCAAGCAGUGAUUCAGUAUGGAAAGAUCGUAUCCUGGUUAGAAAUGGAAUAUGGCUUAUCAGAAAGGGAAUCUAAAGCUUCAGAAUCUUUAUUGUUGGCAGCCUUCCUCAACCUUGCUAUGUGCUACUUAAAGCUACGGGAAUACACUAAAGCAAUUGAGUACUGCAAUAAGGCAUUAGCAUUGGACCAAGCCAAUGAAAAGGGCUUGUACCGAAGAGGAGAGGCAAGGCUGCUCAUGAAUGAAUUUGAGUUGGCAAAAUGUGACUUUCAGAGAGUGCUAGAAGUGAAUCCACAGAAUAAGGCAGCCAAGUCACAAAUUACCAUGUGUCAGAAGAAAACAAAGGAGCACAAUGAACGGGACCGAAAGAUAUAUGCCAACAUGUUCAAGAAAUUUGCAGAGAGAGAUGCAAAGGAGGAGGCCAGUAAAACUACGGAAGAGAAGGAGGAAAAGCCAUCUUCAGAAAUUGAGCUUAAGAAGACAGUGACUGAAGGCAGUGAAUCAGAGGGCCAUGUAUGACUGUGCAGCAGAAGGACAGUCCUGAAUUUAGCCUGCACCCAGACAGGUUUCUGAAGAACUCAGAAAUUCUACAGUGUUUAAUGUAAAGUUUGUUUCAAUAGGCAUUAUUGUGGAAGCAAAAGCCUAUCCAGAAGUUUCACAAGAAAUGAUAAAAUUACUGCCACUGCUGUGACCAUGCUCAGCAGUGCACCAUAAACCAAGGACAGAAUGGGACCACUUCAAGUGGAACAAAUGGUUCAGUAACAAAUACCCACAAUGGUUCUUGAUUAUAGAUGGCUCAGAGCUCAUUUCACUUUGCAUCAGGCAGUGACCAGGAUAGGGCCCCACGGUGAUAAGAGAACAGGAGCUGUCGGUUAUAUAGAUUUCGCAUUGCAUUUGGUUGUGUUUGUGGUAGCACCACAUGUGUAUAUUCUGCAUGUCAGAAAGAAAGGCCCAAGUGCUACCUAUUCAAGGUACCACUCCCAUGUUAUUAGAGUCAAAUGGAAAACAGUUUUAAAAAUCAGGCUCCUGGGAUUUUAUUCUCUCUGUCUUGUAGUUCCAAUGGGUUUCUGUAGCACAAUAGUUUCUCAGGGAACUGAGUAGUCCAAAUCGUGCUAUUAUUGUUGUUCUUGUUAUUAAAUGAUUGCUUGCCGGCAAGGUCCCCAAUCUAUUGAUGACCAAGUACAGCAGAAAUGCCAGCUUCUGGGCGUGAGCAUUUCCCACCUCUCAUUCCCCACUUUCCUAUAAAUAUGAUCAGCACCAAACAGCGCUGAUUAGCUGCUGCAGAAGGAGGGAAAGGAAUCUGGACUGAACUAGGCCAUCCCCCCCCCCCCCCCCCGCUUCCAGGAUCAGUUAGAUGUGGACAUAGGGAUUCUUGAGGACAGUAGCCUUUUUCCUUUUUAAUGCAUUUUUUCUUGCUGUGUGGGGCAAAUGUAUGCAGUAAUCAACUUGAAUUAUGUGUUGAGACCCGUUGAAUGCAUUGCUCAAAUUUAUAACAUGAUAGCAAUCAGGAUAUUUUUUAAAAAAGAAAAAGAUUUUCUUUCAAAAAAUCAUUAUGAUUAGUUUUAUCAGUAAUACGGUGACAUAUUUUGCAACAUUAAAAAUACUUUUAGAAA